AUGACGAAGAAAGUGCUUGUUCCUGCGGCCGAUGGCACAGAGGAAAUUGAGCUGACCUGCAUUACCGACAUCUUGCGCCGAGCGGAAAUUCAGGUGACCGUGGCUUCCGUCAUGGAGAGUCAAAACCUUAUUCUGUCCAGGGGGCUGAAAAUAACUACCGACUCGCUCCUGAAGGACGAGUCGGCCGCUGCGUACGACGGUGUGUUCCUACCUGGUGGACUCCCAGGGGCUGAUCAUCUUGGCAAAAAUGCGCAUCUCAAGCAAAUUUUGGAGGAAAUGCGUUCACAGGGGAAGUGGUAUGGUGCCAUUUGUGCCUCCCCCGUUUCGGCCUUGGCCCCAAUGGGGAUGCUGGAGGGUGUGAAGACGGUUACUUGCUACCCUGCGAUGAAGGAAAAGAUUCCCUCACAUGUGCAUUGGUCCACAGAUCCCGUGGUUCGGUGCGGAAAGUGUUUGACAAGCAAGGGGCCAGGCACGGCUAUUGCAUUUGGACUUGCUAUUGUUGCCGCCCUUCUGACAAAGGAUCGUGCUCUAAGGCUGGCGAAGGAAUUGCUUGUUGAUGAGACGCCGUUUGUUGAAAAAGCACUUAGUAAUUUCUGA